UUUUAAAAUAUUUAUAUUAAAAUACUCUGCUAUGGUUGGUUACAUUUCGUGAUCACCGACAGUGAUUGGUUUUGUUAAAUAGCUACGUUCAAACAGAAGACGAAGAAUUUUGGUGUUAAGCUAAGGUUGUCGUAGGAAAGAGUUUGCCGUCUAGAAUCUAAUGGAACUACGAAAAGUGUUAGAAAAAUUUGUAUUUUGUCAUCUUGUCAUCGAAAUACCGGGAGUACUGUCAAACGUCGAGUAAUUAAUAGUCGUUAAAAGGAGAAUAAUUAUAUCGACGAGUAAUGGGUGAUGGCAAGGAAGGCGAGCGGCAGCCGCUCUUGAAAAAUGAAAAUGUUACUUAUAGUUCACACGGUAGCGACGUAAUAAUUGAACCAGAUUCAACGGUCAGUACAGUAUCUCCAAUAGGUCCAGAUGAAUUACCUCCGCCAUAUGAGCCAGCUGAUCAGGAUGGUAAGCCAAUGGUUACUUGUAGGGUAUGUCAAGCUAUGAUAGAUAUUACAGGCAAGCGGGAGCAACAUGUUGUUAAAUGUUGUCAGUGUAACGAAGCAACGCCUAUAAAAAAUGCUCCACCUGGAAAAAAAUAUGUACGAUGUCCAUGUAACUGUCUUUUAAUAUGUAAAAGUUCUUCCCAACGUAUCGCUUGUCCAAGGCCAAAUUGCAAGCGUAUUAUCAAUCUUGCUCCAAGUCCUAUAACACCACCGGUUCUUUCUAUGCCUGGAAUGUGCAGGGUAUGCUGUGCUCAUUGUCAUGAUACAUUUUUGUUUAACACAUUGAAUAAUGCUUUAGCUCGAUGUCCACAUUGCCGCAAAAUAUCUUCUGUUGGUCCAGACUUUGCUAGAGGUCGUGGUAUUGCUUUUAUUAUUGUUGGCAUUAUAGCUUUGGUAAUUGCUAUUGCUGUAACGGUUGGAACGUAUGCAUUUGUCAAAACUAAUGGAGGAAUUUAUGUAGCUUAUGUUGGUGCAUUUUUGUUAGCUCUUCUUUGCUUAGGACGCAGUAUUUAUUAUUGCACAAUGAAGAUCAGUCUAAUAGAAGGUCCUAUGUAGUUGUUCAAGAGACUAUCGAUGAUUAGAAUAUGCAAAUCGAUUCUUUUAACAUCAUUAUUGUAUAAUCUAUGUCGUAUAAUAUAAAUCAAAUGUUUAUAGUAACAUGACAUUAGUCCUUGUAGGACCAAGGUGAUAUCUUUAUGCAUGUAAACGUAUGCCUAUGUACGCAUGCGUGCUGCUGAUGACGAAUGCGCGUAUACUUACACAUGCAUAUACAUGCAAAUAUAUUAUAACAAAGAGAAAGUGAAUCAACCUAAAUAAUACUUCUUGCAUGCAACUAUACGAAAUGAGGAUAUAUUAGGAAUUAAUGAGGGUUUGUGGUGUUCGAUGAAGCGUUCCUCUGCAUUUUUAUAUAUAAAUCUGUAUAAGCAUAGGAACUCAACACGAUAACUCAUUUAUUUUGUUUUUAUAUUCGUAUCAAGUAUGUCAUAAACGAUGCUUUGUACAUGUAUAUCUUUGCGGUAUCUAUAUAAGAUGCACAUAGAUUAUCCGUUGUAUUUAUUCCAGUUAUAUGCUGAUAUACGUGCAUGAGACACUAAUAAAAAUUAUGUUUUUAAACUUAUGCUCAUAUUUACGUAUAAAUAUCUGUAUUAAACUACACGACCAUAUGAUUAAAAAAUUCUUUGCUGAUA